AUGUAUGCGAAUCAACGGGAGACAAAUUCUGAUCGAAUUGAUAAAAGAUUUGGAUCGUCUAGGCAGCUUCUAUUUCGUUUAAUGCCAUUACAUUAUCAACAACCAGUAGUACAAAAUCCCGUAUGUCUACCACGAAUAUGGACUUGUGGACCAGAUUUACCGUCUUGCUGUCCUGGUCUUAUGUGUUAUGGUGGUAAUGCAAAACGUGGCCGUCAUUGUGUUGUUCAAGGUUAA